GAGGGGGACACACCAUGUAGUUUGUUCAAUGCAGACUGCCUAAACAUAUUUAAACCUCUGUGCUUCCUCCGUUUAUUCAUCUGAAGUCACAACUGUGCUGUUAACAUCCAACCGACAUCAUGUUCAUGCGCGGAUCUAAAAAGCGACGAUCGACCCGCUCGCAGGAGGAAGAGGACCCGGACCGAGGGCAGCCCUGCAUGCGCUGUGGGGACCAGUGCCCCGGCUUCCGUGUCCAUGGCUGGAGGAAGAUCUGUGUUCACUGCAAGUGUGUGCGAGAGGAGCACGCCGUGCGCUCGGUGCCGGGCCAGCUGGAAAAGAUGAUGACGAAGCUGGUGUCAGACUUCCAGAGACACUCCAUCUCCGACGAUGACUCGGGCUGCGCCUCCGAGGAGUACGCAUGGGUCCCACCUGGGCUCAAGCCCGAGCAGGUAUACCAGUAUUUCAGCUGCUUGCCAGAGGACAGGGUGCCCUAUGUGAACAGUUUGGGGGAGAGGUACCGGAUCAAACAGCUGCUGCACCAGCUCCCAGCCCACGACAGUGAGUCCCAGUACUGCAACACUCUGGACGAGGAGGAGAAGAAGGAGUUGCGUUUGUUCAGUCAACAGAGGAAAAGAGAAAACUUGGGCAGAGGCGUCGUCAGACUCUUCCCAGUAACUAUGACGGGAGCCAUCUGCCAACAGUGCGAGAGGCAGAUCUGCGGCGGAGACAUAGCGGUGUUUGCCAGUCGCGCAGAACAGAGCAGCUGUUGGCACCCUCAGUGUUUCCAGUGUGCCACCUGCAGCGAGCUGCUGGUCGAUCUCAUCUACUUCUUCCAGGAUGGACAGAUCUACUGCGGCCGGCACCACGCCGAGAGGCUGAAGCCGCGCUGCCAGGCCUGCGACGAGAUUAUUCUGGCAGAUGAGUGUACGGAGGCAGAAGGGCGACACUGGCACAUGAAGCACUUCUGCUGCUUUGAGUGCGAGGCUGCGCUGGGCGGUCAGCGGUACAUCAUGAGAGAGAGUCGACCGUACUGCUGCUCCUGCUACGAGUCCCUGUACGCAGAGUACUGCGACACCUGCGGAGGACACAUAGGUAUCGAUCAGGGUCAGAUGACAUACGAGGGUCAGCACUGGCACGCCGUGGAGUCUUGUUUCUGCUGCGCCCGCUGCAAGCUACCGCUGCUGGGGCGCGCCUUCCUCCCUCGAGGGGGGCUCAUCUACUGCUCCAGGGCCUGCUCGCUGGGCGAGGACCCCAAUAACUCUGACUCCUGUGACUCUGCGCUGCAGAGCAAACCGCCUCAGCACAGACGUGGCGAGACGGCAGAGAAACAGCAGCAGCCACACUGCGGCUCUCCACUGCAGCCACUAGAGGGUGCCGUCCCUGUUCUAGUUCCUGCAAAAGACUGCGUUCAAACUGCAGCGGAAAACAGAGGGGUCCACUGCACUGCUCCAGUUCAAAACGGACUUCCUUCACCAAGUGGACAUCCUCAUCCAAGAGGCUCCUACUCUCCUCUUCCCCACAUCCAUCUAGGAAACGGGUUCGGUCCAUCUUGGCCCAGCGACCUUCCCCAUUAUAGUUUACUGCCAGGGGAGUCUGGUGUCAAGCGCUCUGUCGCAGACCUUCAGUUCAAGGGAGAGCUCAAUUCAAAUACUGGACUAACUGUCCUUAAUUCAAGGGGAACCUCAACUAAAGACUGUAGGAACUGGGUGGAAAGGACAAAUAAAGUAAUGCAAGUGUUUCCUCCACAGAGAAACUCCCACCGGAUUUCACCUGACUCGCCUCCCCUCCCGCCCAACAACCCAUCCAUCCUCCCGCCUCCUCUGCCCCUCAAGUCUCGUGACUCGAUGCCCCUCGACUCACCCCAGCCAAACCUCCCGCAGCUCGUGGACAGACCGUCUGAGUCCCCGCCCCCGCUGUCUCGCAGUGGCACAGCCCGGGUCAGCUUCAGAGAACCAAUCAGCAGCAGCUACUCUGUGGAUGAAAACGAGGAUGAAGAUGAGAAUGAAGAUGAGAAUGAGCCAGAGCUGCCAGAGGGAAUGGAGAACCUGCAGGAGGAAGAUGAGCUGGAGGAAGGUUUCGGAAGCAGGUUGCAUCUACAGAAAGGCGUCCCGCCGAAAAUGGAUCUUCUGGAUGGAUCCUCUUACCACCAGCGGAGUCUGCGGCGACGGCUUCACCCUCGCCGCUUCCCCUCUGACCCUUCUCUCCACCCGGGGGCAGAGAGGCACUCCAGACACUCGAGGCCCGACCGGCCUCGACUGGACACCCUGGACUGGAGGGGCGAGAAAGAGAGGGACAAGCGGGGCUCCGCCGUCGCCGGCUCACUGACCCUCCAGCCGGGCCAGCGCAAACACGAAGACUCUUGCUCGACAUGCUCUUCAUCCUCAGACUCAGAGGAUGAUGGCUUCUUCCUGGGACAGCCCAUACCUCUGCCCCCGCAGCUCCGAAAGCAGCUUCCCGAAGAGGGCCAAGACAGAGAGGGGGACGGGGAGAGGGAGGUGCCGAGAGCCUGGGGAGUGAGAGGCAGCCUCAGGCGGAGAAGAGCUCACAGCCUUGGUGCAAAGGACAAAGAUAAGAACUGUGCUAUUUCCUAACGUCAAAACACAGCAUUGUGAUUUCCUAAAUUGUGGUGCACAAGAAGAGCUAACGACCCUUCAUUACACACGUGCAGACUUUUCCCCAUCGUUCCAGUCUUAAUACGCAGCUGAAGAAAGCACAAUAAACCCUCAGAAAGGUCACCAACUUUAACUGAACCGUAUUUACGUUUGUUUGACUUUUUGAGGUGUUACAUUGUAGAAAAUGUGAGUGUGAAUCAUUUGAGAAGUGAUGAAUGUGAAAUGAUUAUUGUUAGGAUUAUAUUGUAACAUCCAAGAGAGGACUCACUCGUUCAUUGCAGUUUAUUUGAACGUGACUGUGAAGUGAAAUGUUACUACUUUUUAACGUCGCCACCAUUUACUCAUGCAAAACUUACAGUAGCACACACGACCACGAACCGACUUCUCAUUCCUCUAACAUUGGUUGUAAAAUUAAAUAUGAAUUAUAUCUUUCUUUUCCCCUGACUGUAAGCAUUUACUGUGCUCUUAUGUGCAAUUUUCAUAUGUCUGUAAUGUUUUUACGAACACUAAAUGGCCAAAUACUACGGGAUGGAGUGCGAUGAACUGUGGUAGUUUUAUGAGCGGUUACGUUUGUUAUGUGUGUGUCCAAACGAAAUACUGCAAAGUGUGUCUUCAUUCAUGUCAUUACAUUUUAAUCCAAACACACUUAUUUUGAUAUAUCUGGUGUAGGUCGCUGUUCUUUCUAGUUGUAUCUUGGGUAAAAGGAAGAGAUUAUAAUUUCUGUUUCUCAGAUUGUGUUAGACAUUACAUUACAUUACAUGUCAUUUAGCUGACGCUUUUAUCCAAAGCGACUUACAAUAGACAAUUUUUGUUGUUAUUAAAUUCGUCUAAUGUG